UGUGGGUUUGUCAUCAUGAGUACAACUGACGCCCGCAAAAGCUCCAGGUGCCGUUAUUUGGUUGAACCGGAAUCAGCAGAAGUGUACAACGCUACAAUGGGGCCGUUCCUAGAAUUCAACGGGCAGUUGAUCGACGCCUUUAAGAGCGCGUUCGCUCCCGCUCUAACCGACAAUACUGACUCAAGCGGCAACAAACAACGGGCACCGCGGUUCAUCGACGUUGGAUGCGGUGACGGGAAUUUCACCCGUAACUAUCUGCUGCCACAAUGCUCAUCACAGUGUCGGGAACUUGUGGGCGUCGACAAAUCGCUCGUGACCCUGGAAUACGCGAGUCUCCACCACAGGCACGACAAGAUUCGGUAUCUGCAUCUCGACAUCGUUGGAAGUGAUGUGGACAAAUUUGUGAACGAGCACGGCCUUUUCGGGCGUGUCUACUCCUUCUACUUACUGCACUGGAUCAAGGACAGGGCUCGAGCCCUGAGAAACAUUGAGAAGCUGAUGGCACCGGGAGCGGAAUGCUUUAUCCUCUUCGAGAAUUGCAUCCCGUUGUUCGAGAUACUCAUGACCCUGGCCGAAUCACCGCGAUGGAAGGAGUACGCAAAGGUUCUGCUAGAGAAGGUCCCUGACACAGCUCGCAGCACGGACGUUACUUUCUUGAGGUCCCAACUGCUGAGUACCCUGGAGGAGACGAACCUCAAGCCCCUUGCCUGCGAAGUACUAAACUUGCCAGUACUGAGAACACAGAAUCUCGAAGAUGCAACAGCUCGCAUGGUUUCCUACAACCCCAUCUACCCACUGAUAAACGACGAAGAAAAGGAAGAGCUCUUCCACUCCACAGCUGACAUACUCGCUGCGAGAGAUCAAGCAAUUGCGAAAGGCCGGGCAGAAAAUCACCGGUUUACUUGUGUUAUCCACGCCUACAAGCCAACAUCAUAGAAGAGCAUCCA